AUGUCGCUUGUGAUCAGCCCGGACUUCCAACACAUUCUGCGUAUCCUAAAUACCAACAUUGAUGGUCGCCGUAAGGUGUGGAUCGCCCUCACUGCCAUUCAGGGUGUGGGACGUCGUUUUUCCGUUAUGGUCUGCAAAAAAGCGGAAGUAGACGUCUCUAAACGUGCUGGUGAGUUGACUAACGACGAGAUCGAGCGCGUUGUAGCUAUCAUUCAAAACCCGCUGCAGUUCAAGAUUCCGGUAUGGUUUCUUAACAGACAGAAGGAUUUCAAGACUGGUAAGCACUCGCAGAUUGUGGCGAACAAUCUACAAGGCAAAUGGCGUGAGGAUUACGAGCGCCUUAAGAAAAUCUACGCUCACCGUGGUCUGCGUCACUGGUGGGGACUUAAAGUGCGUGGCCAGCACACGAAGACCACUGGUCGUCGUGGCCGUACGGUUGGCAUUCUCGGUGGCAAGUAA